AUAAUUAUUUAACACUUUCAUAUUAGUUUACAGAGGGAGUAUGUGUGAAAAAAGAAAAGGCUCCUGUGAAUUUGCUGGAAAAGAGAAAUGGAAACUUCCGAGGAAGCUGCUCGUUUGCUCCGCCGGUUUCCUAGAAAACAUCUCGCACAAAGAACACAUUCCCCAAUUCUAGUAGGGUCUCCAACUCCGACUGCAAGCUGAGCUGAGCCGAGCCAGCCGGCCAUGGCGGAAUCUGCGGUGGCCUCGGUGGUGCGCGCGUUCGGUACGCUGGCCGCCGAAGAGGCCGCCUUCCUCCGCGGCGUCCACGCCGACGCCGACCUUCUCAGGGCCGAGCUCCGCCGCAUGCAGUGCUUCCUCCGCGACGCCGACGCCAGGCGCCGGGCCGGGGGCCGAGACGGCGCGCGCCUCACCAACUGGGUCGUGGACGUGCGCGCCGCGGCCUACGACGCGGAGAACGCGCUCGGGGAGGCCGACUACCUCGCGCGCCGCCGCCGCCUGCGGCUCGGGUUCUCGGGCGCCCUUGUGUGGUGCGCCGAUGUCGCCGCGCUUCACACGUUCGGCGUGAACAUCAGGCGCGUCCGGGCCAGGAUCCGUGAGAUCUCCGACGGCGCCGUGGCCUACGGGAUCGCCGACCUUUGGGAGGACACCGCCGUCCCAGCUGACCUCCAUGAGCAAGAGGAGGUGAUCCCUUAUGACCUCAGCUGGAACAGUGCAGAUAGUAAUUUGGUUGUUGGAUUUCAUGAGGAGAGGAAUAAUAUUUUCAGAGAGUUGAUGAAUCAUAAGAUUUGUCAUAUUUGUGUUGUCUCCAUAGUUGGGAUGGCUGGAUCUGGCAAAUCCACGCUUGCAAGGAAAAUUUACAACGACCCACGUGUUAAACAACAUUUUCAUUCCUGGAGUUGGAUUUCAGUGUCUGAGAAGUACAGCUUUCUUGAUCUGAUCAAGGAUAUUGCUCGGAGGAUCAUGGGUAUCACAAGGAAAAAUAUAGUUAAAGAGGAGAAGGGGGACCAGGACGGAGAGGGAACAAUCAGUGAUGGUGACACAAACAUUGCUGGCAGGUUGAAGGAGGUAGCCAUUGAGGAAUUGGAAAAUAUGGGCGAGGAGGAUGUCAAGGAACUUCUGCGUGAGUUCCUCGCUCAUAGAAGAUUUCUUGUAGUGUUGGAUGAUGUCUGGAAGAGUAAUUCUUACAGUAAGAUAAAUAGGAUCCUCGGUGUCUUGCCGGAUGUGAACAAUGGUAGUAGAAUCAUUUUGACCACCCGGGAUAUGGAUGUCCCAAAGCAUGUCGCUAGGAUGAAAAGCAUUCAUGAGAAGAAGCUUUUGAACGAGAGGGAGAGCUGGGAGUUGCUUGAGAAGAUGUCCUUUCCAGAGUAUCAAAAUGUAAGCAGUGCUAAUCGAUCACAGUUGAUGCCGAUAGGAAAGAAAUUGGCAGUGAAAUGCAAAGGGUUGCCGCUUGCUCUUGUGGUCUUGGGAGGUUAUCUUUCAAGGAACUUGGACUAUGACAUUUGGUCAGGAUUGGUUGAUAAUCUAGACUGGGAAGCUCGCAUGAAUGACGAGCCAGUCUGGAACAUCAUAGCUAAAAGUUACAAUGACCUUCCUAAUCACCAACUGAAAUCAUGCUUUCUUUAUGUAGCCUCCUUUCCAGAGGACCAUGUCAUCCGCGUAGCAAAACUUUGCAAGCUGAUGAUAUCUGAAGGAUUUAUUCCACAUCGGCUGAAUCGGACAAUGGAAGAUACAGCAAGAGAAUAUAUAAAGGAGUUGGCACAGAGAUGUAUGCUCCAAACUGUUGAAAGGAGCAAGUGGCAUGGCUCAAUAAAGAGUGUAGUUCUCCACGAUGUGCUUCGUGAAUGGGGUAUUGCAGAGGCAAGGAGGGAGGGAUUAUUCAAUAUUUGGAGUAAUCCGACCGAUUCUGAGGCACCCUCCGAUUCGAUAACGGCUUACCGAAUUGCUCUCCAUAACUUUGCUGGAUGUACUGAGAUUAAUGUAGCCAUGCCAAAGCUCCGCACCUUGUUAGUGUUUUUCAAGUUACCAGCAGUAUCACUACUGUGCAGGGUGAAAUGUCUCAGAGUACUGGAUCUUUAUGGCCUAAAAGAACUCAAGUCAAUACCAUCUGGCAUUGGCAACUUGAUACAUCUAAGAUAUUUAGGAUUAGAAAAAUGUGGCAGUGGAUCGGUUGGUAUUCCUUCCUCAGCUAGCGAUCUCUUGAACUUGCAAACUCUGGAUGCAAGAGGGUCAACAGUAAAAUCACUACCGCGGCUCUUUUGGAAUAUUCCAACCUUGAGGCACCUGUUUCUUAGCGAGGUCAAUCACUGGGUUCCUCCGGAGGUUAGAUGCCUUGGCUCGUUGCAGACUUUGUACUUGUGUGAAGUAUCUAUGUUUUGUGAUGUCAAGAGCUAUGUUUCACACAAGCAACGCAGCAGGGCUAGAAGUGCAAACUAUUCUAUUGCUCGCAGAAACGAGAAAAUAUGGGCUGCCUUCUUAAGAUCUUUGGAGCAAAUGGAGCAGGCCGUGCUCAUACACUUGGAGAGUUGGGAAGUUACUGGUAGAAGGCAACUGUUUGAGAGCAGAAUACGAGGGCAGGUCUUCUCUGCGCAACUCAUCAGUAGCAUUUCACGCCACAGGCAUCUUCAAGUGCUAGAACUGGCUGGAAGGUGGAAGCACGGGGAUAGCCAGCUAAGCAAGCUCCCUCAUGGCCUCAAAAAGCUCAAGCUGAUAGGUUCUGAACUGAGUGAAGACCCAAUGCCUGUGCUGGGCGUCCUUCCGAAUCUGGUGGUGCUUGUCUUGGAAGACAACGCUUUCAAAUGGAACAGCAUGACAUGCAAUGCGGGAGGAUUUCCUAGGCUGCGCCGCCUGACAAUUGACGGCAUAAAAAGUGUUGAGUCUUGGAAUGUUGAAGCUGGGGCAUUUCCUUCACUAACUCAUCUGAAUCUUAUAUCGAGCUUCACUGGGAUGUCCCUUCCUCCUCUAGGACUGUUGCAUGCGACUUCACUUCAGACGUUGCUGUUGAAACGGUCCUCUUGGGAUGGGAACACUAUUUCCUCCAGUAAUGUUAGCAAACUAGAGGAGAGGGUGUGCGAGGUCAUCAUCAGACAGAUGGAUUAAUCAUUUCAAUCUAUCCUUGUCUAAGUACUGGGUUAGGGAACUUCAUUGUACUCUUUUCCUCCCAUAAUAACUCAUUCGAUACCUUUGCAGAAGAUCAAAUAGUUCAUAAUGGGCUCAUCCUUUUUGACCGGGCCUCAUGGUCUCAUCUUGAUUGAUGCAGCGUUUGUAAUGCCAGAAGAAGUACUACCUGCACACAAGAUCUUCAGACUUCUGUUAUGAAAUGAAAUGAGGGUACAGCAUUCCAAAUGAGAAUUUCUCAGUAGCUCAGCAGCAUAGCCAAAUACUGUUCAUGCGGCAACGUACAGCAUUCCAAAUUUGAUGCUUGCAAUUCCAAAUGUGCAGCAUAUAGAGGAUGCAUGGUUGUUGCUCUGGCUUAGCUGCCCAUGAAACAUCUAUUCCAUGCUUUCUGACAAGGGCAUUUUUUGUUCGUGCUUCUGCUCUGUAGUGGAAACAUUUGUGUUCCCGUGAAUGUUGUAAAUGCUGCCGCCCAUGAAACUCCGACACCCUUGUCACUGUCGCUGCUUCUACGGGGCAAUGAGAGGCCUUGUCGAUUGGCAAGUGGCAUAUCCCACGCGCUAUUGGCGUGGACACCUUCUGAACGCUGUGGUCAGGCGUUACUCGUGUUUAUACAACCAGAGCGGUGCUUGGAUGGUUUGACCAACGAGGGGUUGACAUUGCCAUCAUAUUAUGAACUCCUAUGCGCACAUUGUUGAGGAAUCAAAUGGCACUACUGACUUUGCAAAACUUGUUAUACCAGAAAUUACUGUCAAUUUUCCAUGCUCUGACAUUUCCCUUACUCCCAUUGUGUAUGACAUUAUGACUGAUGAUCGACUGCUUAAUAAGUACUCUGUACAUGAUGUUGUAUCUGUGGUAUGUUCCCUAUGUCCGAGUCAUUAAUUUCCUUUUAAUAGCUAUUGCUCAUGCAACGAAGUAGCUAUGUA